GGAGUUCUGCCCUUUCUUCCGCCCUCACGUGUGAAUGGGGGGUUCGCCUGUUGCGCGCGUGCUCAUGAAUAUGCAGAGUGUAUGCUAAUGAGGCUGGGUCAGCGUGUGUGCUGCAGGGGACAGCGCCGUGUCCAGGGCGGCAGCAGCAGCACCGGGCUGGCCGGGAGUAUCGGUGGGAUUACCUCCAGCAGCAGCAGCUCCAGCUCACGUACAGCAGCCGCAGGAUUACAACAGCCGCAGCGGAAGGGAUCAGCACCCACCGCCCUGCACCCUAUCACCCUCUGAGCGAGGCCUCUGGGGAGAGUGAGCCAGCGGCAUGGAUCCGCCAGCCGGGGGAGGCGGCUAUGGAGGGGGCCCACCGGCUCCCACCAAGAGCACCAAGGAUAAGAAGAAGCCGAAGAAUCAGGAGGAAGGGGGAGAGAAGUCCAAGAAAUUUACAUUUAAACGUCUUAUGGUAGAUGAGCUUGAACGGUUUACAAGUAUAAGGAUAAAAAAAGAAAAGGAGAAGCCGUAUAUGUCCAACCGGAAUUCUGCUCACUACACGGACAGCGGUCUACCGUCGCUGCAGGAACUCGAUGAUAAAACCGUGCUGGAGUUGUUUGAGCAGAUGCUGACUGACAUGAAUCUCAAUGAGGAGAAGCAGCAGCCGCUACGGGCCAAAGACAUCAUGAUCAAAAGAGAAAUGGUCUCGCAGUAUCUUCACACAUCAAAAGCUGGAAUGAACAAAAAGGAGAGUACGAGGUCGGCACAAAUGUACAUCCAGGAUCUAAAGUCCGGUUUGGGCGACUCCAACCUACUGUCCUGUUUAGAGUCCCUGAGGGUGUCUCUCAAUAACAAUCCGGUCAGUUGGGUGCAGAAUUUUGGUGCAGAAGGUCUGUCCUGCCUCCUGGAGAUCCUGCGAAGACUGCAAGAUGAUCAGUCAGCGCCGCGUGACUCUAAGAGUGAACAUGAAAUCAUCCGAUGUCUAAAGGCUUUUAUGAACAAUAAUUUUGGAAUAAAAACCAUGUUGGACACAGAUGAUGGAAUUCUGCUUUUGGCAAGAGCCAUGGAGCCCUCCGUCCCAGCCAUGAUGAUUGAUGCUUUGAAAUUGCUCUCUGCCCUGUGCAUACUUCCGCAGCCUGAGGACAUCCAUGAACAUGUCCUGGAGGCUCUGACUGAAAGAGCGGAAAUGUACGAAAUGGAGCGAUUUAAACCUCUUCUUGAUGGGCUAAAAAGCGGAACUCCUGUGGCUCUCAAGGUGAGCUGUAUACUAUUGAUCAACGCCCUGAUCAUCCAAGGAGAUGAGCUGGACCUGCGAGUGCACAUACGCAGCGAAUUCAUGCGCUCAGGACUGGGCAACUUGCUAAAGGAUCUUCAAGACAUUGAGAACGAUGAACUUAAGGUGCAGCUCAACGUGUUCAUGGAGCACUGCGAAUACGACAUGGAUGACUUACGCGGGCGCCUGGAAGACAUUCGCGUUGAGAUGGAUGAUGUCCAAGAAGUCUUCCAGAUUGUGCAGAACACAGUGAAGGACACUCCCGCCGAGCAGCUCUUUCUCUCCAUCCUGCAGCAUCUUCUACUCAUCCGGAACGACUAUGACGCCAGGCCGCAGUACUACAAGCUGAUCGAUGAGGUAAUUUCUCAGAUAAUCCUUCACAAAAAUGGAGUGGAUCCUGACUUCAAAUGCAGACGCUUAAGCAUUGAAAUUGAAGGUUUGAUAGAUCAUUUGAUCGAUAAGAAGAAGGUAGAAUCGAGUGAGUCCAAGUCCCGUGAUUUGGUGAAAAAGCUGGACUCGGAGCUCACCGCCAGGCAUGAGCUGCAGGUGGAAAUGAAAGCCAAAGAGAGUGAUUUUGAGCAGAAAUUGACCGAACUCCAAGGAGAGAAGCAAGUCCUGGAUUCCGACAAGCAGCAAAUCACCGCCGAGAAGCAAAAACUUGAAGAUUCAGUUUCACAGCUUUCCGAAAAGAUUGAUAAACUGUCAAAGGAGCUUGAAGAUACAAAAAAAGAAAUGGCCACCAUGUCUAGCUCGUCUGUUUUAAUACCGGUUCCUCCUCCCAUCCCGUCAGGACCGACACCACCUCCUGCUCCUCCUCUUCCAGGGGGUUUCGGAGGAGGUGGGCCACCACCACCACCCCCUCUCCCUCCUGCAAUAGGCGGACAUGUUCCUCCACCUCCACCACCCCUUCCUGGUCAAGGCGGACCUCCUCCUCCCCCUCCGCUCCCAGGUGCUUUUGGUGGGGGCCCUCCUCCUCCUCCACCUUUGCCAGGUGGUGUUCCUCCACCUCCACCCCUCCCUGGAGUUCCAGGUGCUCCUCCCCCACCACCUUUGCCUGGAGCCCCCGGAAUGCCACCCCCACCGCCUCCUUUCCCUGGUGGUCCUGGAAUUCCGCCACCACCUCCCCCAGGCUUGAGAGGAGGGCCUCCUCCUCCACCCGGACUUGGAGGCUGGGGUGCACCUGCUGUCCCUGUCCUGCCAUUUGGACUAGCACCGAAAAAAGAAUACAAACCAGAAGUGCAACUGAAACGACCCAACUGGACAAAGAUUACUCCCAAAGAGCUCUCUGAGAAAUGUUUCUGGACCCAGGCAAAAGAAGACAGAUUUGAAAAGGACGAGUUGUUUGCAAAAAUCACUCUCACUUUUUCUCAGCAGACCAAGUGAGAAAAAGCGGGUAAAGAUGAGCAGGACGGCGAUGAGAAGAAAGCCGUACAGAAGAAGAAGGCCAAAGAGCUCAAAGUGUUGGAUACAAAGACUGCCCAAAACCUUUCAAUUUUCUUGGGUUCAUUCCGAAUGCCCUAUGAGGAGAUUAAGAGCGUCAUCCUGGAAGUGAACGAAGAAGUACUAACGGAAUCUAUGGUUUCGAACCUGAUCAAGCAAUUGCCCGAGCCAGGCCUGCUGCAGACGUUGGCAGAGUUUAAGGAUGAGUACAACGACCUAGCGGAGUCCGAGCAGUUCGGCGUUGUGAUGUGCGCUGUGCCCCGUCUGCAGCCGCGACUCAACGCCAUCCUGUUUAAACUCAACUUUAACGAGCAAGUAGAAAACAUCAAGCCUGACAUUGUGUCGGUAACAGCUGCCUGCGAGGAGGUGCAGAAGAGUAAAAACUUUGCCAUGCUCUUAGAGAUCACGCUGCUUGUCGGGAAUUUCAUGAAUGCCGGCUCCAGGAAUGCCGGUGCUUUCGGCUUUGAUAUUAGUUUCCUCUGUAAGUUAAAAGAUACCAAGUCAGCUGACCAGAAGACCACACUCUUACACUUCCUGGUCGAAACCUGCGAACAAGAUUUCCCCGACGUAUUAAAGUUCCCGGAUGAGAUGGUCCAUGUAGAAAAAGCCAGCAGAGUGUCUGCAGAAACUUUGCAGAAGAAUUUGGACCAAAUGAAGAAGCAAGUUGCAGAUCUCCAGCGGGACAUCGAGAACUUCCCACCAGCUAAAGACGAGAAGGACAAGUUUGUGGAAAAGAUGACCAUAUUUGUAAAAGAAGCGCAAGAGCAGUACACCAAGCUGUGCAUGAUGCACGACAAUAUGGUGUCCUUAUUUGAAGAAUUGGGAGUUUACUUUGUAUUUGACCCUAAGAAGCUUGCCAUCGAGGAGUUCUUCAUGGAACUGAACAACUUCCGCACCAUGUUUGUGCAAGCGCUGAAAGAUAAUCAGAAGAGGCGCGAGGCAGAAGAGAAGGCGAAACGAGCCAAACUGGCCAAGGAGAAGCAAGAGAAGGAGAAACAGGAGAGAGAGAAACGAAAGGGCAACCCAGUAAUAGACAUAAAUGCCGAGGGUGAUGAAACCGGUGUGAUGGACAGUCUACUAGAGGCCCUGCAGUCGGGCGCUGCGUUUAGAAGGAAAAGAGGUCCACGCCAAGCAAAUAGAAAAGUUGGCACCGCCGUUACCUCGCUGCUAGCAUCCGAAUUGACAAAGGAUGAUGCGUUAACAUCUGUGGGCACUAAGAAGCCCAAAUAUGCUGAGCAAGAAAUGGACAUCGGUCACGAAGAUGGUCAAGAUAUGCUCACGCGCUCAAAUUAACUGCGCAGCGUGCAAUGGACUUUCCCAAGACGUAAAUAGGAGACCUUAAAAAAACUUUGGAGAAGACUUUCACCAGCUAGCCCUCUUUUUAAAAUGAUCGUUUCAAAGAGGAGAUGAGAUAUUUUAUAUUCAAUUUGCAGUUUGGGUCAUUCAUAGGAAGAAAGGUGCCAAUCAGUGAUCUUCGUUUUCUUGGUCUUUUUUUAUUUUUAAGUCUCAAUUGAUUAACGUCUGCUACUUGGUACAGUGUUGGACAUCAUUGCGGCCAAAUGUGCAAGGAAAAUAAACCCUAUGCAUGCAGACAAAUAUGGAAUGGGAUUUAGUUAAUCUAACCAAAGUGUUAUCUAGUGUAAAUACAGUAUUGCCUUAAUCCAUUCGUUUGCGUACCUCUUGAGGACCGAGAUCAUUGACAUCACUGUAAUUUAAUGACUAUUUUAUUUAUCUUGGUGUUAUUGUGAUAGCCGUUAGCACAAGUUGGCUCUGAUUUUUCUUUUUCUUUUUUUAAUGGUACACGGGGACUGCUGUUCACUUUCCCUAGAUGACCAUUGCUUAAUAAUAGUGUAUGAUCUUAAAAACUUGAAUGCUACAAAUCUUUUUGAUGGUACCUUCUUUCAACGUUGGUUUUGUAUCAGACAACGCUUCUACCUUAUGUAUAAUAUAGGGUUCAUCGUUUUAGAAGACCUCGAAGACCUACUGCCAGCUCUGGGCCUCUAAUACCUCUUACAUCUAGUGGUAAACUAGUGUUUAUAAAUAUGUUUACCCAGGACUUGGGGCUUUUUUUUUUUUUAAGUAUCGCUGUAUCAGUAAUGGUGUUCGAUAAUAAAUGCAUUCUUUUGCCCCCUCCCCCCUUCCCCCCCUUAUCUGGUGAAUUGUAAAGGAGAACCAGACACUUUGUAUUUGCUGUUAUGUCUUGUGAUGGCUGUAUUAUGCCUAAUUUCUUCUGCAGACCUGUGCGUGUGAUUGUAUAGUUUUUGAUCUUUUGUGGUCUGUCAACAUCACAGCAAAUGUGCUUCACGGUGCAUGAUUCCUACAUUUCCUUUGCACAUCUUUUAUAUGUAAGAUUGGGGGAGGGAUCCGCUCCACCACAUUUGGUUGCUUAUGGAUCUUUUUGGAAAUGAAAGUAUUUUUGUAUUUUUUUAAGCUGUUUCCUUGAAUGUAACAUGAGACCUUUUCACGCACGAAGAUGACCACCCUUUCAUUGAUGACCACAGACAUUAAGCCAUCUUAGCUACUCACCUCAACUGGUCAACCGAUCAUAGUUUUAGACUAAUUUAAAUUCAUGCUCCAAGUGUAAAGGUAAAUUGCAAACAAAUAUUUAGUCAUACACUGCAAAUUAAGUUCCUGCGUGAUUUUGAAAUGCUGUACUAUGUCAUUUAAACUUGCAUUUUAUUUUAUACAUGAUAUAUUUUGGAUUUAUAGGACAUUGUAUUUAGGAGACUCUAGAUAGGAACUUGUAAAAGUAAUAUUAUUUGGAAAGAGGCUUUAUUGCAUUUUAUUAUGCCUCCUUGUUAACGGGUUGACCCACCAGUACUGUAUCAGUACCAGGUGGUCUCCAUUAGAAUGUACGGGGUAGGGUCACUGUCUUAGUUAAUAUAGAAAAUUGUUAAUUCAUAUGAGAUGAUAGCAUGCCUAAAAAUUAGGUCCUUUUGAUUUUUUAUUUUUUUUUUGCAAUCAAAACUUUAUUUGAACAUCUACAUCUGGGUUACGGUUAUAUUUGUCCAAUACUGGUUCACAAAAUGUUUUUAAAAAGCUAAAUACUCCUUUUUAUUGGGAAGAAACCAGACGGUAAGUUAGUGAAUGUGUAAGUGUUGUCAUGGCGCAGUUCACUUUAUGAUCCUAUUCUGUGCUAUAAUUUUGAUAGAAAUAUUGAAUCACCAAGUCAGACACAAAAAAGCAGUACUUGAAACCAGCACCUAUUAAAGGAAAGCUACACAAAUAUAUAUUUUUUAAAUUGCACCUAAUUAAAUGUGACUUGAAUGUUGCAAGCAGUGGUGGAACUAGCGAGUGGUGGGCCCAGGUUUAAAAAUAUUCUUUGGGUUUGUCAGCAAUGAUUCUGAUGGGAGGGGAAAGACCUAGGACUAGCACCAACCCUGCUUCUGUGCCCCAGUUUAAAUUGCACUACAUCUUAAAGCAGCAUUUUUGGUACACUGGACCCUAAGAAAUACUGUGUUGUGUACUGGGACAUAGGGGUGAGUCAAAGCCCUGCAGUACGGAUAAUCCAUAAAAAAAAAAAAAAAUAGCAACCAAUCAGAUUCUAGCUAUUUUCUAGAAUCAGCUAGAUGAAUGUGAAGUAGAAUUUGAUUGGUUGUUAUGGGCAGCAUCACAAGUUCUAAGCAACUCCCACUGACUCUAAUGCUACGGACGGGAGUAACAUCCUGCUAAAUACAGCCCGUGGCUGGGGUUCCACCAGUUGUAUCCUCACCAAACUACUAACAUGGGGAAUGGAUUUAGUCAAUAUUUAAAAUAAAAUAUAUAAAAAAAACUUAUUUAAAUAGUGAUGCUGGUAUAUUUUUAAUCGUAGAUAGGAACUUUAAUUAAAGCACCUUCCUAGUUACUGAAUGUGUCCACUGCAGUACUUACACCAUAGCUGCUAAUGUUCAGUUUUAUUAAAUACUUUUCAUAUCUCCAUUCAUCUCUAUCAAAUUGCCAAAAUUCUUUCUGCGUGAGAACAGUAUACAGUAUCUCCGGUGUAUAUUUUCCAGGAAUCCUUUGUACAGAGCAAGUACACAAAUAUCCACAUUAGUGUGUCAUAGAAUUAUAUGUAUAUUUAUGUUUUAGCUAGGCUUCUGAAUUGGGAAUUAAUUUCCGGACGGUUGUAGAAGGGUCGCUAUGCAUCAAAGUUUAUGCUUUUCUUUUACAGAUUUUAGGUUAUUUUUGGUAUUUUAGUUCAUUUUUGAAACAUAUAUAUAUUUUUUUCUACUCUUCCGAAUGUUGGGCGCUGGGCUCCCCUUCAUUUUCCUAAAUACUCAACGUACAUAAUUGUAAAGUAAGUUAGCAAAAUAAAACUCUUCAUACUCCAUAAGCACAAUGCAUCUAGCGGUGUUGGUUUAUUGGUUAAUACAAGGUAUUAAGAAUUAAUGAACCAUCAUGUGUGUCUACAAACCUUUUGUGGUUCUUGACUUUUGUAAAUGAUUCAUCUAAACAUAGUUCUUGUUUUUGUGGGGAGAUCGAUCUUUAAUUAGAUGCAAACUAGAAUACCAGCAAAGCGGAACACAGCCACCAACUCCAGUAUGACAUGUCGUAGAUCAGUGGUUCUCAAACUCUGUCCUCAGGACCCCAAACAGUUCACGUUUUCCAGGUCACCCAGCAUGUGCACUGUGUAUCAUCAACUGUCACAUUUUAAAAAUCUACAGGUGACCUGCAAAACAUGAACCGUGUGGGGUCCUGAGGACCGAGUUUGAGAACUUGUGUCGUAGAUUAUUGCCCAUUCCCUCUGUUUUGGCCUAUCGCCAACCCAGAGAUCUACGUACAGUAUCUGGCAGGAGGGAUGGUUAUAUUUCAUUGCCUGACCAUGAAAAUGCAGCUAGAUUCCGGUGUCGGUGGCAAUUGGGGAAAACAGUUACUGCCAUCAGAUUAUUUACAUUUUUAAAAUAGUGUCCUUUUAUAUAUAUAUAUAUAUAUAUAUUGAUGUUGUAUUCUUGCAUUGCUGUUUUGCAUUGAACAGAUUGAGGCUUAUGAUGCUUAACAUCAAGUGUGCUUAUUUAAUAACAUUGUGCCAACAGCAAAAGAUUUCUAGCCCGUCACAGCCAACCAGAUAUCUUUUAACAGUUUAGUGUAGACCGACUGAUGAUCUCUAAUAUCUGGUGGGUUGCUAUUUGUCCUGAUUGCACCAUUUUAUUAAAUAAGCCUUGGAAAAUAUGCCGCUCUCGUGUCUCUGCCGUUUCACGGUAUAGCCGUUUUCUAUGUUAAUAUCUAAGCCAUUUGACUUUGCACGUCUUAGUUCUGAAAUCUUAAAGGCCAAAUGUGGCAAGCCAGACAUCUCAUCAUUUUGGGGUUUAUAUGGUUUUUUGGGUUUGUUUUUUUAUAUUGCAUUGUAGACAAGUUUAUACCACUGAAGAAAAAAACAUAUCAUGCUUAUUUUUUGGUCUUUAUUUUUCCGGGAGUUAUAAUCAUAUCAUGUUGUUGUUCAAACUGUUAAUAAAACAAUUCAUCUGUUUAA